AUGGAUGUCAAUGCAGAUUUGAAUCCUACAGUUGGUAUGGAAUUCGAUACAUCAGAAGAUGCAUGCGACUUUUGGGUAAAAUAUGGAAGGCAAAUGGGCUUUGAUGUUAGAAAACUUUACAUAAAUAAAAGUAAGAAGGAUGGAAAUGUAACAUUAAGGGGAUUUGUAUGUGUAAAGCAGGGCAUUCGAGAAACAGUUUAUAUGAUGAGAUCUCAACGAAAAAUUUCAGAAGUUCAUGCAAGAUUGAUUGAGUUAGCAUCCUCUUCUGGAAUCAAGCCAAAAGCAGUACAUGAGUUAAUGAGUAAAGAGGCUGGUGGGAGAGCUAAUUUUGGAUUCAUUGAGCUUGAUCAUAAAAAUUACCUUAGAACAAGAUGGCAAAAAAACUUGAUAUAUGGUCAAGCUGCAUGUUUAUUAAGGUACUUUCAGGAACAAUGGACUAAAAAUCCAUUCUUGCAAUAUGGAGUACAAUUAGAUAACAUCGAGCAGCGAAAUUAUCUUAAGUGGCUUUUUGAAAGCUUUCUAGUUGCACAUGCAAGUAAAAGACCUAAAACAAUUUUUACAGAUCAAGAUCUUGCAAUGGCAAAGGCAUUGAAUGAGGACAUGCAGGAUCUUUCUAGCAGGGUUGAUGAUAUAGCUCAACAACUGUGUAGGCGCACUGGCAAGAAGUGGUGCUAA